CAAAUAACAUUCUUAUUUAUUUGAAUAUACUUGAAAUUUAUUUGAACUGAUUUAUUUCAAUUUACAUAGAACCUUAUCGUUUCGUUGCUAGUAGGUUUGGUGUCUUAGAAGAAAGAAAGGGCAAGGAAGAGAAGGAGAGAGGAUCCUCCGAAAGAUCCGCGAUAAUCCUGCGAUGGUUCCCCCGCGUGAGGACACGGGGAGCACGGCGUGUCUCACGGCGAAGCGUGUAUCGCGUGUGUUGCCUAAUGGUGGAAGGAAACGUUAUCCAGAGGCGGGCAAUGGACGGACAUUACUGUACGGCGUACCCUGGUAGGGCUGAGAGAAGUCAGCCUCCGGGAUAUGGACUCGUACUCAGUCUUCGAACUGGUCUCGUACCGCGCUCUAUGCAGCGUGUCACACAGCCCCGCGAACAGCGGCAGCUUAGUUAACAACACCGUGUGCCGCUCCGCAUCGUCGACUCCGUCGUCUCUGUCGCUUGCUAAAUCUUCCUCCUCGUCUACCGGCUACCUUCACCAGUGUGUCGUGCACGACUCUCCUCCGCGACAUUUAUUCGCCGACCUAGCUCUAACGUAUUGCUUGGAAUUCGCGCGGAAUUCCUAUUGGAUUCGCGUGGAAUUCCUAUUGGAUUCGCGUGGAAUUCCUAUUGGACUCGCGUGGAAUUCCUAUUGGACUCGCGUAAAAUUAUCAUUGAAUAGUCGUUAAACUCUUGUGCACUUUUCAAUUAAUUCCCAUUCAAUUCUCGGAGUUUUCCCUUUCGGAACUCUCGCAAAUUCCUAUUGAAUUCGCGUGGAACUCUGCUAAAAUCCCGAUUGAAUUCGCGUGGAACUCUGCUAAAAUCCCGAUUGAAUUCGCGUGGAACUGUCGUGAAAUCCCCAUUUAAGUCUCGUUCAAUCCUUCAAACUUUCACAACUCUUGUGAAUCCAUUGAAUCUUCGUUGAACUCUCGUGAAAUUUCUAUUGAAUCUUGUUUAAUUCUCGAAACUUUCGAAACUCUAGUGAAAUUCUUGUCAAAUUCCUACAAAACUUUCGUAAAACUUUUGUCAAGUUCUCGUGAAACUCUCGUAGAUCUUUCGCAAAUUUCUCAGUCUUUUCAUGGCACGCAAUCUUCCAAUCCGGCCGAAAGAAAUUAUUGUUUGAAACGAGAUCGAUAGCAAGGGGGAAGUUUGGAUUUGUCUGUGAUUCGGUGAAGAACAACGACUGAAGCAAAGACUGUGCGAUAUCGACAAGUGGAUUUACCAGAAACGAGUCUAUGACACGGAGGAUGACACAGAAGUAGCGACGACCUAGUAGUGGAUGCAGAAUAGAGAAGCGAGAUUUUCGCGACAGCACGAUGGACCUUCUUCUGUUGAUCGGAUUGCUUUCCCUGAUAUCAGGAGUUCUGGGAAAUUGUCCCCUGGUGCAAGCACCUCAGUGGGGAAGAGUGAGAGAGCGUGUCCUUAAGGAUGGUACUUUACAGACCGUGUACUCGUGUGAACCAGGCCGUAGAUUGAAGGGCCAUAAAAUACUGACUUGCACCGCCGACGGUUGGAAUCAUCCUAUCCCGAAAUGUGUGCCUCACGACAACAGAUUCCGACACUUCCGAAACGAUCUGUAUCUCGGUGACGAUCCAAUUUCAACGACACCGUCGGAGGAAAGGGCGACGAGGGAGAGGCUGAGGGCGCGCAAAAGGAUCGGUGAGCUGAAGAAACGGAGGAAGGCCAAAGAGAGGAAACAGAGGUUGAAGCAAACCGGCGAGAAGUCGGCGCUCGAAUCGCCGCCAGCUAUGGCGCGCGCCGCGCUCAAUGAAACAAUAAUGUCGAGGUUGGAUCUCAGCUGCUUCAUGAAAGCUCGCAGAAAAGGAUUUGCUAAAGCUCCUCUGCUUGAAAACGCGAAUCCUGCCAAGUACGCCAGGAGGAAGAAUAUACUGCCACCGUACAAUCGAUACCUCGUAGCAGUUUACGAGUGCACCAAGGGAUACGUUUUCGAGGACUCCACGGCUGAUCGACUUUUCUGCAGCGAUAGCACUUGGUUAGGCGUACUUCCGCGUUGCGUAAAAGAGGAAGAAGCGACACUGAAUAACGUGAAACGUUGCAAUCAGGAUCGUGGUGGGUGCGAGCAUGUGUGCGAAGACACUCAAACGGGCGUGAAGUGCUCGUGUUUCGACGGAUUUCGUGUCAAAGGAUCUUCCUGCAUAGACAUAGAUGAAUGUGCCGAAGGUACAGCUGGUUGCGCGCAAAUUUGUCACAACAAUCCUGGCUCCUUCCAUUGUGAGUGCCGUUCUGGUUACCAACUGGGAAUUGAUGGUAAAUCAUGUCUGGACGUUAACGAGUGCCUGGUGAAUAACGGGCAUGGCCCAUGCCAAGGUACUUGCAUCAAUCUCGAAGGGAGCUACGAGUGUAGCUGUACCGAUAUUCCUGGUCACAAAUUGGCUCCGGAUAAUCACACCUGCGAGGAUAUCGACGAAUGCUCGACGAACAACGGUGGAUGUUCUCAUGUUUGUUUGAACACACCCGGAAGCGCCUUUUGCCUCUGUCCAGAUGGCUUUUAUCUGACCAGCGACUGGAAGACUUGUCAAGAUGUGAAUGAAUGUGAAAACGCAUCCAAGGUUUGUGAGAAUAAUACUGACUGUGAGAAUACUAUCGGUUCGUUUAAAUGCGUCAGCAAGCCGCAAAAGAUGACAAAGAUUCUUCAGGACGAGGAUUACGACACGGAGGAUGACGACGACGACGAUGAUUACGACGAGGAAGAGAGUAUCACGGAAAUUCCAGAAUUCGGAAAAUGUGAGGAUGGUUUUCGAAAGAAUAACAACGGCGAAUGCAUUGACAUUGACGAGUGCGUGGAGGGUGACGGAGGCGAACCUCACGGUUGCCAAGAGGAGUGCAUAAACGAGCCUGGUGGUUAUUACUGUACUUGCCACUUGGGUUUCGAACUCCAUGAAGACGGUGUGUCCUGCAUCGACAUCGACGAGUGCGAAGGAACAUCCACUCCAUGCUCCCAUACUUGUAACAAUACCAUAGGUUCCUUUGAAUGCACCUGUCCUACAGGAUUCACCCUGAAAGAAGACAAUCUUACCUGCGUUCGUGCAAAAACUUGUGAAAGUCUCACAACACCCUGCUCUCACGAGUGCCAGGAAUCAGAAGAUGGACCAAUUUGCGUCUGUUCUGGUGGAUAUCAGAUUCACGAAGAUGGAGUGAGCUGCACAGACAUCGACGAGUGCACUCUGGACUUGUGUUCCCACUUCUGCGUGAAUUUAGAGGGUAAUUUCGAGUGUAUCUGCCCGGAAGGCCUUGAAACACUGGAACACGAUAAAUUUAAUUGCACCGACAUAGACGAGUGCACUAGAAGCAUGCAUAAUUGCGAACAUGAAUGUAUAAACGUUCAUGGCAGUUAUACUUGUAGCUGUCUAUCUGGAUUCACAUUGAACGACGAUAAGAAGACCUGUUCAGAUGUGAAUGAAUGUUUAAACGAUGAACACAGGUGCGACCAAGUUUGUGUAAAUUCCCUUGGCAGCUACAGUUGCUCGUGUCGCAAGGGUUACAAACUUUCUGAAGAUAAUUUCAGUUGUGAAGAUAUAAACGAGUGUGUUACCGAGGAACAUGGAUGUUCCCACGAGUGUGUCAAUGAAGAAGGAGGAUUUAAAUGCAGUUGUCCUUUCGGUUUCCUAUUGAGCAACGAUACUAAAACUUGUCAAGAUGUGAACGAGUGCUUAGAAGGCACUCACCAAUGUUCCCACGAGUGUACCAAUGUACAAGGAUCAUACGAAUGUAGAUGUCCUCUUGGAAUGAUGGUAGCAGAUGAUAAAAGAUUUUGUAUUACAACUGACGUGUGUAGGUUGGCUAAUUGUUCUCAUAUCUGUGAAAAACAUCAAGAUACAUUCAAGUGUAGUUGCCCAGAGGGAUUCAUUAUGCAAGAUGACGGGAAGACGUGUAAUGAUAUCGACGAAUGUCUCGAAGAUGAACACGAUUGUUCUCACGACUGCGUAAAUGCAGUGGGAAGUUACAAAUGUGUCUGUCCUGAAGGCCUGGUGCUUCUACAAGACGGUUUGACAUGCGAGGAUCCAUCUUGUCCCCGAGGAUUGCGUGAAAAUGACAAAGGACAGUGUCAGGAUAUCGAUGAAUGUUUGGAACAGAAUCACGAGUGUUCGCAUAUCUGUAUCAACGAACAUGGCUCCUAUCGUUGUUCCUGUCCUCCAGAAUUGAUGUUAUCCAAUGACAGCAUUACGUGUGUCUACAACGAUCCUUGUUCUCACUUAUCCUGUUCUCAUCUUUGCAUACCGGAUGGUUCGUCCUAUAGAUGCGACUGUCUUUUUGGAUAUAGAAUAAGCAAAGACAAUAUAACUUGUGAAGACAUCGACGAGUGUCUAGCUUUACAACACAACUGCUCCCACGAAUGCAUAAACACCAUCGGCGGAUUCGACUGCGCUUGUCCACCAGGAUGGAAGCUCGAUGAGGAUUUAAGAAGCUGCCGAACAUCCACCAAUCGGAAUUGCUCGCACACGUACGAGGAAGACGGCGAAGAGAAUCGUUGCGGUUGUCCCGAAGGAUUCGAGCUGCAGGAAGACGAGAGUACUUGUGGCGAUGUAGACGAGUGCGACGAGGGACUUCACUCUUGUAGUCACGGUUGCGUGAAUACCAAAGGAUCUUACUACUGCGAGUGUCCUACUGGUCUUCGAUUACAAGCAGAUAGAACAACCUGCCAAGACAUCGACGAAUGUCUUGAAAAUAACGGAGAAUGUUCUCACGAUUGCGUAAACACCGAAGGCAGCUUCGACUGUACAUGUCCGGAGGGGUACGAGUUAACGGAUGACCGCAAGAUUUGUUUGGACGUGGACGAAUGCAAGGAGAAUCUCCAUGAAUGUUCCCAUCGAUGCGAGAAUUUGGACGGUGGCUAUGUUUGCUUGUGCCCAGAGGAUUUGCUCCUCGGGCAGGACAAUAAGACCUGCUCGAGUGAGGGCCCGUGCGAACGUGCACACAAUUGCAGCCACACAUGCGUGAACGUCCACAGUGGUUACAAAUGCGAGUGUCCCACUGGCUGGAAAUUAAGCUCGGACGGUUGGACGUGCGAGGAAAUUGAUUUUUGCGCCGGCCAACACGGCUGCUCCCACGAGUGUGUCACCAGCCCGGACGGUUUUCAGUGCCGCUGUCCGACCGGUUAUAUUUUGUCCAAGGACAACAGGACCUGCCUGGACAGAAACGAGUGCGAGGAGGCGAACAACGAGGUAAACAACGGUUGCUCUCAUUCCUGCGUCAACACAGCUGGCAGCUUCGAGUGUGGCUGCCCGAACGGCUAUCGACUGGCCGUCGAUCGAAGGACCUGCGAGGACGUGAACGAGUGCAUCGAGGACAACGGCGGCUGCUCUCAUCUCUGUGCAAACAUCGAGGGUGGCGUCGAGUGCGCUUGUCCUGAUAAUUACAAGUUGCUCGAAGACGAUGGGAAAACAUGCGUCGAGAUCGACGAAUGCUUGAUCGAUAACGGUGGUUGCUCUCAUUUGUGCCAUUACGAAAAUGGCACUGUGUCCUGUUUCUGUCCGCCUGGAAUGCUCCUGGAGGAUAACAAUGCCACUUGUACGGAAGAGAACAAAUGUUACGUAGAUAACGGUGGAUGUUCACAUUUUUGCAACAACGAGAAUGGACAGAUAUUCUGCUCCUGUCCAUCCGAGAUGGCCUUGUCCGAAAAUGGAACCAUUUGCGUGGAACAAAACAGAUGUUUGGUGGAAAACGGUGGCUGCUCCCACGAUUGCCAUUACGAAGAUGGAGAAACGUCUUGCCACUGUCCGGUUGACAUGAUCCUCUCGGACGAUAAACUUCUUUGCAUUUACACGAAUAAAUGUUUCGUCAACAACGGCGGUUGCUCCGACAUCUGCGCCUAUUCCAACGGAUCUAUCAGCUGCGAGUGUCCGUCCGGAUUCAAGCUAUCGGAAGAAGAUAACGCUACUUGCAUUGAUAUCGACGAAUGUUUAGAAUUAUUCGACAACUGCACGCACAAGUGCUCGAAUACGGACGGAGGAUUCGAAUGUUCCUGCAACGGAGGAUUUAAAGUGAAUCCUAUCGAACCCGCUUUUUGCGAUGACGUAGACGAAUGCGAGGAUUCGAAUGCAGGAUGCUCUCAUACCUGUUUAAACCUAGUAGGAUCGUUUCGUUGCACGUGUCCAUCAGGAUAUACCUUGGAGAACGACAAUAAAACAUGUAGGUUAAUCGAUGGUUGCAAACAGAACAAUGGAAACUGUUCCCAUCAUUGUCACCACGAAGAAGGCAACGAAAAGAUUCACUGUUCCUGUCCUCUGGGUUUCAGAUUGAAACAAGAUCAAAAAACUUGUGAAGAUAUCGACGAAUGUGAAGAGUUUGAGAAUGACGUAGAACUAGGUUGCUCUCAUAUCUGCGUGAACACCGAAGGAGGCUAUUACUGUGAAUGUCCUUCAGGAUAUAUUUUGUUACCAGAGGACAAGAAAAAUUGUAUCGACGUGAACGAAUGCCUGAACAGUCAGCACAAUUGUAGCCACGAUUGUUUAAAUCUUUUAGGAAGCUACGUGUGCACCUGUUACGAAGGACACUAUCUGCACUCUGACAAAUCCACUUGCCUGGACAUCGAUGAAUGUCUCGAAAAAAAUGGCGGCUGCUCCCACCAAUGUACCAACACUAUAGGCGGUCAUUUUUGUUCCUGUCCAACGGGCUACGAACUUUCUCAAGAUGAAAAGACCUGUGUAGAUGUAGACGAAUGUGAAACUGACGUAGCUGACUGUUUCCAUGAAUGCAUUAACACGUUAGGUUCAUGGAAAUGUGCUUGUCCCGAUGGCCACUUUCUGGCAAAUGAUUCCAGGAGCUGCGUGGAUAUCGACGAAUGCAAGCUGAACAACGGAGGUUGUUCUCACGCGUGUUAUAACAUUAUCGGAGGUGUUAAAUGUAGUUGUCCCAUUGGGUUGCGUUUAGACGAAACUGGAAAGACGUGCAACGACGUGGACGAGUGUUUGACAGAAAAUGGUGGCUGCUCGGACAUCUGUGUCAAUUUAGAAGGAAAUUUUUCCUGUCAAUGUUUGAGUGGUUUCCGUCUGCACACGGAUUCCAAGACUUGUUUGGACAUUAACGAAUGUGAGAUGGAAAAUGGAGGAUGUUCUGAUAAUUGUAUAAACGUGGAAGGCAGCUAUCGUUGCGAGUGUCCAAAUGGUUUUCUCUUGAAAGAUGAUUCAAGAUCCUGUUUUGAUACAAACGAGUGUGAAAAUAAUAAUGGUGGCUGUUCUCAUGAAUGUAUUAACGAACUUGGUUCUUAUCGAUGCGAUUGUCCAGCUGGUCACGAGUUGAAGAAUAAAUCAUGCCACUACAUAGAUCCUUGUGGCAAUAACAAUGGUGGCUGCGAGCAGAUUUGCAACGCGAAAAAUGGCACGGUUAUAUGCACGUGCAAAGAAGGUUUCCAGUAUGACGAGACCGAUCGUUCGAGGUGCAGAGAUAUCGAUGAAUGCGCUGGCCGACAUGGGUGUGAUCAGUUGUGCGUGAAUACUAUUGGAUCGUUCGAAUGCACAUGUAAGGAUGGAUUCAAGAUGCAGAAUUCUACGUGUGUUGACAUCGACGAAUGUACAACAAUACCCUGCAAAGGAAAGGAGUGUAUCAACACUUAUGGCAGCUAUCGUUGCAGCUGCGAGGCAGGCUAUCGAUUGGACGGCGACGAUUGUGUAGAUAUAAAUGAAUGUGAAUGGAACAACGGCAGAUGUGAACAAGAUUGCAUUAAUACAGUCGGCUCCUAUGUAUGUGCUUGUCGUCCUGGCUAUAUAUCCAGUCAGAGAAAUAGAAGCCAGUGCCAAGAUAUAAACGAGUGCUUGAACCGUAACGGGGGCUGCAGCGGCGAAUGUAUUAACACAGCCGGAAGUUACUACUGUACGUGCAGCGGCGACCUGGUGUUGGCUUCCGACGAGAGAACUUGCGUUUCAGCGGAAUUGAGAUGUCAUGCCAUGGAACCGCCUUUGCACGCCGAAAUCAGAUGCCCAGGUCAUUCUUCCGGGGCAGUGGAUUAUCCUGUUGGAGCCAGAUGUCAUAUACGAUGUGGAAGAGGUUUCAGGCUAGAAGGACCGCACACGAGGUACUGCAUGGCCGGAGAUCGAUGGAACGGGAAAGAGCCGACUUGUAUUCAAGAAUCGAUCGUGACCGAUUCCCGUUAUCAUUCAGACAUGCCACGACCGUUCGUCAGGUGUCCCCGAGACAUGGACGUCGAGCUACCCGCAAGGCAGAACACGAUACGCGUCUCGUUUCCUCAACCUAAGUCCAACAUGAACUGGUGGAGAUACGUGGACGCGUCGCCGUCGUGGGCAAAGCAAUUGGAGGCGGAUUUACCGGCAGGUACGACGAUCGUCACUUUCACGGCAUGGUCACCCGUGUCGAAUUAUACCAGCACGUGCAGGAUAGUGAUCCGUGUUCGAGACACGGAGAAUCCAAAAGUUUCGACGUGCCCGACGUCCUUUGAAGUGCGGCUAAGCCCCAGCGAGCGAAAUCGCUUAAUAUUCUGGCAGGAGCCAACGUUCACCGACAACGUCGCCGUCGAGCGGGUCUACAAAACGAGGGAACCCGGACAACUGAUGUACCCCGGCAUUCACAACGUGCGCUACAUCGCUUCCGAUGCAGCCGGAAAUCGAGCCGAAUGCCAUUUCUCGAUACACGUACGAGAAUCCGAGCAUCGUCGAGAUUCCGAGCCACGGUACUACAGAAGAAGGAUGCUGAUGUGUCCCGGAAGACCACCCCAGCCGAUACCAUCCACCGCUUAUGGGUGGCAGAUACCGAGCGGAUGCUAUCUGAGGUAUACAAGAAUCUUCUCCGGAGCGUACGCUGUUCAGAACUAUCGAGGACAGAGACAGGACGCUUAUCAGGAAGCGAGGGCGGCUUAUCACGAAGUUCAUCCCAUUCACGAGAACCAAGGUCAAGCCCAACUACCUGCCUCGUAUCCCCUCGGAGACUAUCGACACGCGAGACAAUAUCAGCUUCAGCAGUUGCACGAGCAACAGCAGCGGCAUUCUUCGAGGACUGACCACGUAAUAUCUUCACCAACGACUCAUUAUGGCAGAGGCCGUGUCGAGACGAGAAUAUUGCCGCGGCGUAAAUGUUGCGUAUAAGAAGAUCGAUUGUUUGCCAACGAAACACGCAAUAACCGAAAGUAAUUUAACUGUUAAAGAACGGCCGGUCUGCAGCUCGCACAUAAAUUAUGUCAAGAGUUCCUCUCACCGAAGGAGUAAAGCAGGAAAGCAGAAAAGGUAGAGAAGGCUACUAGUUCGUUCCUCGCUUUAAUUAAGUCUAAUUUAAAGUCGGUUGAUUUCGCGAGGCGCACCACCGGUCCGCCACUUCCAUUCAGUGGAUCGACAGUGUUCCGAUGAGUAUUUCCUUUCCUCACCAAACGAAUCUUGAGUGAACGGUGAUCUUUGGCUUUUAACCCUUCGCACUGAUAGAUUGCGUUGUAGCAGGAAGUUAAAAGCGAACGUUUGUGCUUGAAACGGAUCAAAUUUAAGGAGAUUGAAGGAUUGAGUGGUAUUGAUUAGGUAAUGUUCUUACUCUUUAAUUUUCUUUCUUUGUAUUUUCCUGAAGUACGGUAGAAUUUUAUUUAACUGAAUCCAAGUAUCUUAAAGAUAAUAUUUAUGUUCUAUACCAUGUGUGUGAAGGACAUGAUGAUCGUGACAUAUAAUAUCAGUUGCCCUGAUGCUUCCUUGGUUUAUCAAUGAAAUUAAAGUAUUAUACUUAUUAUAUCUAUUUAAUGAAUUCUUACUUGUUUCUUGCAAAUUUGAUAUUCGGUAUUGUAGUUUGAAUUAAUUUCGUGAAAAAUCGUUUAUUAGCUUCAGUUUACAAAGUCCCUUUCAAUAGACUUUUAUUCUCAUUUUAAACAACUGUGUUUUUAACUGAGGAUAUUUAAGAAAUUCUACAUUUAAAAAGAAAGAAGACGAAAUUACUUUAAUUUCCAUUAUAUUUUUUUAAGCAAAUAUUCUUCACGAGCUACUUGCAAUUAGUCCUGCACCGACUUUUACUGUUGACCUGCUUCUCAGACAACACCAAAUUUAAUUAAAAUUUAUAAUAUCUUAUUUAUUGUACUGCAAAAAUGUUUUAGAAGAUGUUUUCGAACGACUAAAACCGGUUAUUCUUUCCCAAGUAUUUUCAACAAAAUUCCCGUUCUUCUGUUUUUUAAUUACGACACAUAAUAUCCUACUCAUUUAUUUUUAAUGCCAUUGUUAUUUUAUUCCACUUCUCUUUCUUAAUUAGUUUAAUCUCACGAACUGAAGGGUUAAUUCGGAAAGAUCACGAAUCUCAAAGCAUCGUACGAACAAUGCAUCGGUCUAGAUUCUACACUGUAUGUUCGUAAAUCUACACGCUGCACGUAG